AGCAGGAAGGUUGGAGGGUUUAAAGGGACCGAACUGGAACCGAUGUCUGCGCUCGGCAACUCGGUCACUUUGCAAAAGCGCUGCUAUUCGACUGGAACGAGUAUUUUAAGUAAACUAUUGCUCUUUCGUAAAGAUAAUCAACUAAACGUGUCGGACAGCCAACCUCCUGGUCAUUCGUACAGUCCGGCCUGGUGAGUUCGAGAAGUUUUAAACACCGCAUAAUAAUAGAAGAUGAGUUGCCUCCAGCUUUCCCGCUCUGAGGUCUUUGGGCAGCUGAGGAAGGAGCUGCAUGAUGACAAGGAGUUCCACCACUCGGAUGUUCACAUCUUCAUCAUCAUGGGCGCCUCGGGUGAUUUGGCCAAAAAGAAAAUCUACCCAACACUCUGGUGGCUCUUCCGAGAUGGACUCCUCCCGGAGCAGACCUACUUCGUGGGCUUUGCUCGCUCGAACCUAACGGUGGACAGAAUCCGUGCUGCCAGCCUUCCGUACAUGAAGGUGGCUGACGGUGAGGCGGAGCGCCUGUCUGCCUUCUUCAGCAGGAACACGUACCUCAGCGGGAAGUAUGACGACGGCAGCUCCUUCUCCAGCCUGCACGCCCACCUGCUCUCGCUGCCCGGCGGCGACAAGGCAAACCGCCUCUUCUACCUGGCUCUGCCCCCCAGUGUGUACCGCAGUGUCACCGCCAACAUCAGGAACCACUGCAUGAGCACAAAGGGCUGGAAUCGUGUGAUCGUGGAGAAGCCCUUCGGACGUGACCUUCAGAGCUCCGAAGAGCUCUCUGCCCACCUGUCUGCCCUCUUCACCGAGGACCAGAUCUAUCGCAUCGACCACUAUUUGGGCAAAGAGAUGGUCCAGAACCUCAUGGUGCUAAGGUUUGGCAACAGGAUCUUUGGUCCUGUGUGGAAUCGGGACAGUAUAGCCUGUGUGGUCCUCACCUUCAAGGAGCCCUUUGGCACCCAAGGCCGAGGUGGUUAUUUUGAUGACUUCGGUAUCAUCCGUGACGUGAUGCAAAACCAUUUGCUCCAGAUGCUGUCUCUAGUUGCUAUGGAGAAGCCUGCCUCCACUAGUUCCGACGACGUGAGGGAUGAGAAGGUGAAGGUGCUGAAGUGUAUUGCCCCCGUGUCCUUGUCUGAUGUGGUGCUGGGGCAGUAUGUGGGUGACCCCAACGGUGAGGGGGAUGCCAAGAUGGGCUACCUGGAUGACCCCACAGUCCCCAAAGGCUCCAACACUGCAACCUUUGCCACCGCUGUGCUGUAUGUUCACAACGAGAGAUGGGAUGGCGUUCCAUUCGUUCUGCGGUGCGGCAAGGCCCUGAACGAGCGCAAGGCUGAGGUGCGGCUGCAGUUCACAGACGUUCCCGGCGACAUCUUCAGCAGCCAGCUGCGGCGGAACGAGCUCGUGGUGCGCGUGCAACCCGAUGAGGCCAUCUAUGCCAAGAUGAUGAGCAAGAAGCCAGGCGUGUACUUCAGCCCCGAGGAGACCGAGCUGGACCUCACCUACCGUAGCCGGUACCGGGAUGUGAAGCUCCCAGAUGCCUACGAACGCCUCAUUCUGGAUGUGUUCUGUGGGAGUCAGAUGCACUUUGUACGCAGUGAUGAGCUUAGGGAAGCCUGGAGGAUUUUCACUCCUCUGCUUCAUCAGAUUGAAGAGAAGAAGAUUCCUCCCAUCCCCUAUACUUAUGGAAGUCGCGGCCCGGUGGAAGCGGACGAGCUUGUGAAGAAAGUGGGAUUCCGCUACGAUGGCACCUACAAGUGGGUGAAUCCCCACAGGCUGUAACGCCGCCAUCAAGGGGGCAGAUAUGGGUAGGGUUGGGGCUGGGCAGCUGGCGGGUGAUGGAACGUGGGCGCUGCUGAGCAGGGAAUCUUUUUAGUCUUAUAAUGGAGAGAGCAAAUGAGCAACUGCAGUAAAUAGCAAUAUUUUGAUAGCAGCUGAUAUGCAGCACUGUUAGCUGUCUUAAAAGAGAGAGGGAGGAAGAAUAUGUGCGAGGAGCUGUAAUCUGCCAACAGGGAGCAUGUAUGGAAGGACAGAUGUCUGAAGUAGGUUCCUCUGGAGUGCAUUCCUUUCCUUUUUUAAAAUCCGUUUACCUCCUGUUACUCUGCGCUAAACAGUUAAAGCUGGUAAAGAUGAUCCCAGGAGCCUAUGAAUAUCAGAAAUCAUUCCUUUAAAAUAAGCUGAAUAUGAGCUUCAUUGCAGCAGUGGGUUGCCUUUUUUUUUUUCCUUCUUCCAAAGAUGUAAUUGAUUUUACAGCAAAUGUUUAUACUGUCAUGAUACCAGAGUUGAGCAGCACCCACAGUUUUUAGCUUCCCUCACUUUCAUCGGAACAAGUGGCACUUUGGUUUCCUCGUUGCGCGACGCUAGUUUCUUCUGUAUGUUUUUUCUUAUUGUCUUGUUGUUCUACUGUCUUUGUUUGAACAUAGCUGAAGCUCAUUCCUAAUGUACUUGUACUGUAUUAUGGCACAGUUAAUGCACUGCUUAUGUGCUUCUUGAGACUAAACUUGUUAAAGCAUACGCAGUUGCAGUGCACACCUGCUUCGUGUGGUCCGGGGGGGACUCCAUUCAAACCUCACGGUUUAUGCUGGAUUUCAGUCUCGGCUCUGAAUUGCUCAGCCUAAAUGUGUUGCACAUUUCAGAUAAUGUAAACCUUGAAGCCACUUUGGAGUAAAGUGUCUAAUUGAAUAAAUGUUUUAAAAAAAAAAAAAA